GGACAGAGAGAGUAUAGAGAGAGAGAGUGAGUGUUGGAGAUAGACUUGUACUAUUUACUUGGGAAGAUAAAGAGAUAUAAAGAAACGAUUUUUCCCAUCAAAACUAGCCGCUAACUUCACCGGAUAAACUGGUUUUCCGACGGGUGAAACACAAACAAAAACCUCAUGGGAGAAACCGGAAUCGUCCAGUUUCCGGGGGGCCUAGAUCCACGAGCGCAAGAGUUCAGGCCGAGAAACCCUACGAACAACCAAACCCAAUUUCCGGUUUUUAGACCGCCCCAAGUUUAUUACCCGUUCACUCAUCUUUCUCCGUAUCCUUUAAACAACGUCGAAGUUGUGCCGUUUUGUGAUGCUUCUGGUGCUGGUAUAGGUAGCUUAGGUUGCCCUCGGUAUCAUACACAGGCGGCGUACGUUAGUUGUCCCUCGCAUCCUGCGCUUCCUCCUCAGUCCCCCGUGCCAACGAGGACGUUGUUGUUGAGUUCGGUGGCGAGUGAUGUGAGUGAGUCGAGUGUGAGGAGAGACUUGGAGGUUUUUGGUGAAGUAAGAGGCGUUCAGAUGGAGAGAGUGGGUGAAGGAAUCGUGACGCUUCAUUUUUAUGAUCUGAGACAUGCGGAGAUGGCUUUGAAGGAAAUACGCGAACUAUACAUGCAACUACAAAGCAUGCUGGGGAGUCAAUACUGUGGUUUGGUUUGGCAGAAUUAUUGUGAAGGUGAGAGGCCGAGUUCUUCGUUUAUGUUUCCAACCGCGCGUGGCCUCAUUGCUGGACGACCGGUUUGGGCGCAGUUCAUUGUUCCUUCCUGUAAUGUUGUUCCCGACGGGAACAAUCAAGGGACUAUCGUCGUUUUUAAUUUAGACCCUGGUGUCUCCUCUUCUAGUCUAAAGGAAAUCUUUCAGGCUUUCGGUCCUGUGAAGGAGUUAAGAGAGACACCGCUGAAGAAACACCAAAGAUUUAUAGAGUUUUAUGAUAUCAGAGAUGCAACCAAGGCUCUUAGAGAGAUGAAUGGCAAAGAAAUCUUUAGUAAGGCUGUAGUUAUUGAAUUCAGUCGUCCGGGUGGCUAUAACAAGAAGUUGUUCAAUGCCAACGCAAACACAGCCAUCAUCCCAACAACUAGCACCAGCAACAACAUUACUGUCAGUAACUCCAACACUUAUAUGGCAAGAAAUUCAGAUUACAACUUUUCAACUCACACAUCUUCUAGCUUUCCUCAUUCUUUUGUUUCUCAAACUCAACCCAUGAGAAAGAAGUCUCCUUCAAGUUCAGUAAAGGGAAACCCUAAUGUGAACCAGACUAUUACCACUUCAAUUGAGGCUUCGGUGGCUUCUUUGUCUUUGGCGGGUGCAGUAGCCAAUGCAAUUGAUGAUGGGAAUCCAAAGAAGAACGCUAGGAAAAGCCAAGGCAAUCAUUCAAUGGCAUCUACUAAACAGCAGCAAGUAAAGAACAGGAGUAGUAAUAAGCCAUGGAAGGGAAGACUAGUGAGGAGGUUAGAUUCUCGUUUCCUUAUAAAUGAAGAUGCCAUUGUAGACUCGAAUUGUAAAGAUUCCCGAACCACUGUCAUGAUCAAGAACAUUCCUAACAAGUACAGUCAGAAGCUGUUAUUGAAUAUGUUGGACAACCACUGUAUUCACUGCAAUGAACAGAUUGCCGAAGGAGAUGACCAGCCUUUAUCCUCCUAUGACUUCGUCUACCUCCCCAUUGAUUUCAAUAACAAGUGUAACGUGGGAUAUGGGUUUGUGAACAUGACAUCUCCCGAAGCCACAUUGAGGCUAUACAAAGCCUUUCAUCAUCAAAACUGGGAGGUCUUCAACUCAAGGAAAAUCUGUGAAGUCACCUAUGCUAGAGUGCAGGGAUUGGAAGCUUUGAAAGAGCACUUUAAGAACUCGAAGUUCCCAAGCGAGAUGGACCACUAUCUGCCUGUGGUGUUUUCGCCACCUCGAGACGGGAGGCAACUGACGGAGCCACUCCCCAUUGUUGGCCACGAUAAGCAACAACAGUUGACGACGGUUGUUCAUGAUGACGAUGAUGAUGAUGAUGAUGAUGAGGAUCACUUAGACGGCGGUGAUACGCUUGAUAAUAAUACCAAUGACUCUACUGAUUAUGCUGACGGAAAUGAUCUCCUGAUUGGCGGCAGCUGCAGCAGCACAAACGGCGGCGAUGAUGACAGAGACGAUGCCAUUGUUCUUGCGGCAUAAAAGAAGGGAGAUUCUGUGUCUAUAUCUCUCAGUAUUAUAUAUAAUAUAAAUAUAUAAAUAUAUAUGUAUCUCUAUACAGCCAUUAAUUUGUGUUGCAAUAUUUACCUAAUGGCCGGUUGUUGAGCACCGAGCCCUUUCUUUACGUAGCCUGCUUCUGUUUACUCUUCAGGUUCAGCUAGCUGACCACCACAAUCAUCUUUUCCAUUUACUCCUCUCUCUCAGAGAAAUUAAGUUGUAGGCUUGUAGCGUAAUCCUUCUUUUCUUUUUUGGUUAUAUAUAUUGGAGUGCAGUUUACCAUUGUGGCUAGUUUCCAAAACAGCAAAAAAGAAAGAGAAGUGUUGUAAUCCUGCGUGAGAAUAUUAAUUAUAUUGGCCGUUUUGGGUUA